AUCCAGCAGUGAAGUGAACGGAUCUGAAUCCAGUGAGCUGAACUGAUCUGGAGUCAGUAUGUGCUGCUGUUGUUCUCAUGAUGGUGCCGCUGGGGAGGAAUGAAGACAGGACCCGAUACACAAAAUUACACAGAACUCUAGCGUCUUUAUAACACUGCCCUUUUGGUUUGGGGAUAUUAUUCAUGUUGAUCGGACAGAAGCAGAUGAACUAAUGACUGGAGCUUCAAUACACAGCCGCAACAAAAGCAAGCGUGUGGACACAAACCCAGGACUGAGCUCCUCCAUCAGGAUCAUGGGAGAGAAUGGCCCUCUCACAGAGUCAGCCAUGCUCUUUGAAGACGAGGAAGAGGAUGUGGACAAACUGUGCCGAGACGAGGAAGAAGAGGAUAAGAUGGCCAGGUUUGACAAAGAUGACGACAUAAUCUCGGGACCCUCGUCGUCCUCGGGAAGGGUCUAUGAUCGCACCACUGUGCUCAUCGAGCAAGACCCCAUCCGCCUGGAUGAGGAGGGAGAGGAGGACUGCAUGGCCUUCCUGCCGGAUGGAGAGGUUGAGGGGGACGAGGGAUCGCUGGCUUUCAUGGGUGACCCGGAUGGCAUGUCGCAGGGAUACAUACACCACACUAUCUCGCCGGACCAGAUACAGUUCAUCAUUAACCCGGGGUCCACACCUAUGCCGCGAAACAUUGAGGGCGCGACGCUGACGCUACACUCGGAGUGCCCGGAGACCAAGCAGAGAGAGGUGAAGCGAUACCAGUGCAUGUUCGAGGGCUGUACGCGCACCUACAGCACGGCGGGAAACCUGCGCACACAUCAGAAGACACACCGCGGCGAAUACACAUUUGUGUGCAACCAGCAGGGCUGCGGCAAAGCCUUUCUCACGUCCUACAGCCUGAAGAUUCACGUCCGCGUCCACACAAAAGAAAAACCCUUUGAGUGUGAUGUCCAGGGCUGUGAGAAAGCCUUCAACACUCUCUACAGACUGAAAGCACACCAGAGGCUGCACACUGGGAAGACGUUUAACUGUGAAUCAGAGGGAUGCACCAAGUACUUCACCACGCUCAGUGACCUGAGGAAGCACAUCCGCACGCACACGGGCGAAAAACCAUUCAGGUGUGACCAUGAUGGCUGUGGUAAGGCUUUCGCUGCUAGUCAUCACCUGAAAACACAUGUACGGACACACACUGGAGAGAAGCCGUUUUUCUGUCCGAGCGAUGGCUGUGAGAAGACCUUCAGCUCUCAAUACAGCCUGAAGAGUCACAUCCGAGGUCACGAUAAAGGUCCAACGUUCACCGUGAGCGGUCAUCCGCUGUCAGAGGAUGCGAAUCACUCGCUGUGCCUCAGUGAUUUGAGCCUCAUUUCCACUGACUCUGAGCUCCAGGAGAACCAUAAUAAUUCUCAGGGUUUGGAUCUGAACAGCGUCACCCCCAUACGAAUCUUUGAGCUGAUGUUCCAGAGUCCUGAGAACAGUGUCAGCCAGGACGAGCCGAAACCCACAGAUAACCCCACGGAGUCUUUUGGGCUGGAGUCGUCUCCUCAGUCAGCCGCUGCAGAUGUGUCCACUCACCCCACUUUCCCUCAGCCCCCUUCAUCCACCUCAUCCCCAUCCUGCUCCAUCCCAACCCCUGCACUUGAGGCUCAGACUCCGCCCACAACACUCCCCUCUCAGCCGGCUCCGCCUCCUACUGCCAGCAGCACAUUACUGACCUCCACUUUCCCCUGUGCUCCGGCCACCUCAUCGCACUCACCAGAAGUGCCCGCUCCAUCUGCACCCUCAGUCGCCCAGCACUACGUGACAUUGCCCCCCACGGCUCCGCCGGGUCCCCUGCCAACUGCGCCCGGUGCCUCCAGCGUGGCGGGCAUGACAACAGAGGUGACGGCGGCAGUAACGCACACAGUGCCUUUGGCUCCUCCUCCUCCUACAAUCACCAUCGCCCCCACGCUCGGCCUGCAGCCCAGCCUCGUCAUGUCCGAUCAGAACCUGCAGUGGAUCCUCAGCAGUGCCGCCAGUGCGCAGCAAAACCCCGAACAACAGGGCCCAAAAGUAGAGAAGGUCUUUUUUACAACAGCCAUACCAGUCGGUGGACAUUCAGGGAAUGCAGUGCAGCAGAUCGGUCUGAGCCUGCCGGUGAUCAUCAUCAAGCAGGAGGAGUCCUGCCAGUGUCAGUGUGCCUGCAGAGACUCAGCUAAAGACAAGAGCGCUGCCUCCUCACUGGAGAAGUCAAAGACCACGUCGCCUCCUCCUGCUCCUCCAGCCCUCCCUGAAGAACCUCGCUCCUGCUGCCCAUCAGAACAGAACCCCGCUCCACCCCAGCAGGACAGCCUGUCCGCUCCGGUGACCCCCAACCCUCCCACCGACGGCCUGGCCAGCAUGGAUGUCUCAGAUCUGCUCAGCCCAGAGACCACGGCCAACAUAGAGGCUCUGCUGGCAGAUGAGUUCUCCAUGGCUGAUGGAGGGAGCAGCAACAGCGCCCCCUAGAGGACGCAGAGGUUCAUCUGUACCGUGUACAGAUGUGUAGCUCACAUACACCCGUACCUCUGCUAAAGGCACACGGCUUUUCCCCGGCGUGUCUUCCAGAGGUUUAUUGUGAUUGGAACGAGUGGUUUUUGGUGCACUUUUAAGGGAGGGUAUCAGGCAGAGUAGGUUAGCUGCUUUAGCGUUUUAACCCCGCAGAAUUAUUUAAAUUUGACACUUGCUUAUAGAGAUUCACCGUACAAAACAAGACGCGUUUGGCCCGGCCAUGUGCCGUACUUGAGUUUAAACUUGAAAUCCACUAGAUCGAUCGUGGGAAUGUUCACUGAUAUAUCUGAGACUUCAACAAUAAGGCCUUCAUCAUGGUUUGUGGGUAAUGAAGUCAUCUACGCAAAGUCCUGCACAUUGAAUUAUUGAAGUAUUUUAUGAUGUGUAAUUUAUUGGAAAGGCUGCAGUGGUCAUAAUAAUGUGAUUUUUGAGAUAUUUUAUUUUACAGUUCGUCACUCUGGAUGAACUGCGAUGAACAUGUACCUGCCUUUUAAAUGUAAUUUAGAGGUUUGCUUGGCUGCCUAUAACUUAGUAUUUAAUUUUAUAUAUGUUAAUUUAUUAAAAUACUCAAUUGUUGGAUAAAUGUAGCUCUAUUUCCCACCUUUUCGCUCAGUUUUCCUUUUCUAUCUUCCCUAACUAGGCAGAUUAAUAUACUUUAAAGUGGAUCUCAUGAAACCUGUCUAGAAAUUCUUUGGGUCAUAUUUCCCACAAUCAAAAUCAAAAUAUGAAAUGUUUUUUUGCAUAAAGAAAAUGAACUCAAUUUUAGAAUCAUUUAUAAUUUUUUGACUAUUAAUGACCAUUUCAUCCACGAUUCUCAUCAUGUUAAUAUAAAAAAAUGUAAUGUAAAAAAUAUAUAUUAUUUAAACUGAAUUGAAGUUGAAUAUUUAGACAUUUUAAUUUUCAUGGUGUAAAUGCAAAAAAAAAAAAAAAAAGUAUUUUUCCUUAUGCAAAAAAAUAUAUAUUUUUCCUCUUGAUUUUUGGAUGAAAUAUGAACACUCUUGAAUACUCUGUGAUGGAAUCAGAUGCUGUCAUCUUGCCUUUGUGACAGGCAUGUGCUUGGGUUUCCUUUCUUUUCUCUCAUUAGUUGUUACAGAUCGCAGUGUUUCCUGCCUCUCAUCUGCGUCUCUGCACUUUUCAUUUCAUGAAACCCCUUUUAAAACCCACGUGAGUCUCUGUUGUGACCCGCUCAGGGAUACAGAAAAACAAGCAGCAGUAUAUAUAAAUAUGUGUGUGUGUGUGUGUGUGUGUGUGUGUGUGUAUGUGUGUUCGAAUGGGUCCCUGACCAGUUAACCAGACACAACUCAUCCCACCUAUUGUUUUUAACCUGCUUAUAGUGCACUACCCGACCACGGUUCAGCCAGCGUUACCUGCGCCCCUCACUUAUAUACCACUGCUGUAUAGAGCUGACCGUAAUGUAAAUAUAUAGUACAUUUGAAAUGAUACAUGUUUAAGCCAUUAGACUGUAUUCGUAUUUUUGUAUAUAACUAUGUGAUAUCCGAUUGUGGGUGUGAGAUGAGAGACGUGACUCUGCACUGCCUUUUCUGUCACCGGAGCAUCUCUAAUGCAGUAUGUAGUUCUCCACAGAUCCUUGUGUUCUCAGACUCACGUAGGACAAGGAUUGCCUUACAGCUCGCAAUAGUUAUUUCAUUUCACACGUGAACCACACCAUUUCAGAUAUCGAUGGAGAAUUUGAUUUGGCGAGAUAUCACUGAGCCUUUUCCUGUCCAGUGCCAAAUAAAAAAGCGUGAGCUGACAGCGAAACCCUCAGUUGUGGGUGGUACGCUGGUAGGCCGUCGUAGAAUCUGUGUUACGGAAGUUUGUUUCCGCCAAUGAAUAAAAAGAUAAAAAAGGUAAUUACGACUUUUUAUCUCACAGUUCUGACUGUUUUCUCGCAAUUGCGAGUUUGCAUCUCACAAUUUUGAGAAAUAAAGUCAGAAUUGUGACAUUUUAAACUCAGUUACGAGAAAAAAAGUCAGAAUUGCGUGAUAUAAAGUCAGAAUUUCGAGUUAUAAAGUCAGAAUUGUGAGAUUUAAACUCAAAAUUGUGAGAUUUAAACUCAAAAUUGCGAGUUUUAAGUCAGAAUUGCGUGAUAUAAAGUCAGAAUUGUGAGUUAUAAAGUUAGUUAUAAAGACUUCUAAUUAUUGUAUAUUUUUUCUAAUUAUUGUUUAUUUAUAACAAGCAAUUCUGACUUUAUUUCUUGCAAUUGUUUAUAUCUCACAAUUCUGACUUUAUAACACGCAAUUGCGAUUUUGUCUCGCAAUUCUGACUUUAUAACUUGAAAUUCUGACUUUAUUUCUCGCAAUUGUUUAUUCUCACAAUUCUGACUUUUUUUUCCUCAGAAUUGCAAUAUAUAAACUCGCAAUUUUGACUUUAUUUCUCGCAAAUUGAGUUUAUAUCACGCAAUUCUGACUUUAUGUCUUGCAGUUCUGAGAAAAAAAGUUUGAAUUGUGAGAUAAAAAGUCACAUUUCAUGGCAGAAACAAGCUUCCAUAGUGUGUCGCUCCCUUAAUGUUGAUCAGUUGCUUUAUUUAUCCACUACAUUUUCCUUUUAUCCAUUAAUGGGACCUGUGCAAACUUAUAGUUAUACAUUAUAGUUCAACAUUAUAGUUUGAACAACACAAUGAACGGCACUUACUGUGGGUCCAGCCAAUAAACAUGAUCAACUGUACCUUAAUAAUAAUAAUAAUAAUAAUGCACAUGCUUUUUGACUUUAUUGUUUGUUGACAUUUCACAUAGAACUAGUUACUUUACUAAAUUACUUUAAAAAGAUUUCGAUUGAAGCCAGUUUUUAUUCACCAACUAAAAAACAACUAUGCAAUGUGUCAUAGCGCCUCAAACCACUCCAUCUGUACGUUCACACGCGAAAUAUCAUGCAUCCGCGUUCAGUGCUCAUUUUUAGCAUAUGCAAGUCAUCAUAGAGUAAAACAGCUGUGUCCUGUUGUAUUGAAUAUUUCAUGUUUAAAAGCCUUUGUUGUUUUCCUUAACCCAUCAAAAUGUUGUGUAGUGUACAGUUAUGUUUGAUGUGACUUAAUCUGUUGUUUUGUUUUGUAUCUGGGCAUUGCAAUGUUUAUAUAUAUAUAUAUAUAUAUAUAUAUAUAUAUUCCUGUUAAAAACUUUUGCUGCUUUAUGUAAUUUCUUUGACACCCACAUGACAUGAAAAUCUUGCAUUUGUUUUAAUAUUGGAAAAAUAGUGGUGAAAGAACUACUUGCUUGACCUUCAAGAUCAGCUUUGUCCAUGUUGAAUCCAUUUCUCCAUGUAAACCCACAAUUUUUUUUUUUUUUCUUUUUUUUCCCCGUUUAUUCAUUCAUUCCACCUUUGUCAGGUGCCAUCAUCAUCUUUCAUUCACACGUUGGUCUUUUGGAGGCAUUACGUUAUGAUUUGUUCUUUCAGUGCAACAAAAUAGCUUAUUAAACAUAUUUAUUCAGAAAUUCUGAUCUUCUGCUUCAUCCAAGGCAAGUGGGAAAGAUGGUCUGGCAUGUUAGUUGAGUCUCAAAAGCUUGAGGUAAAGAGGAAACAAAUGCUUCCAUAACGACUGCUUUUGAUACCCAAAGUGUGAGGAAACUGUAAAGAUCUGUAUUUUUAAAGAAUGUAUAAUGUGAAAAAUUUUCUCAUAUGCUUGUUUUGUAUAAAGUAUUAUGUAUUAUGGCAAAGUAAUAACUUUUUGAAUCAAAAAGCAAUACAAUACCAGUAAAAUCC